GCAGUACAGAAGCCAGUGAACAGCUGACCGAAGACGGGAGAGAAGUGCGCAGAGUUAAAAAACCUUUCUCGUUCUCUUUCUCCGUCAUAUCCUCCACAUGCUACUGAACGUCGAUGACGCACCGCUAGUUGCGAUGUUUUCGAGAGAAGCCGAUCGGCGCUUUGUUUGUCCAACGAACGCAAACAAAGCCCACUGCAGAGUGAGACGCACUAGGCGAUAGAAAAAUUACUGUAGCUCCGACUCCGAUUCAUUUAUACAGUCGUCGCGCGUACCCAGCUGAGAGUGGGUCGUUCGCGAGUGCGAGAGGACACUGCCCGUGUGAAUUCUUAGACAAAGGAUUUUUCCCCGAGAGCGAGAUCAAGAUGUGGAAGCCCUUUGAGCCUGGCAGCUCGCCAAUCGACUGGUGCGAGGGUAAUUACAAUAUCUCGCCCAGCAUUGCGGAAUUCAUGAACACGCUAAGCAAUAUUGUCUUCCUUCUACUGCCACCUGUACUGAUGCAUCUUUUUAGAGAUUAUGGUAGAUUUGUUAAUCCUGGAAUCCAUGUUAUAUGGCUACUCAUGAUGGUUGUUGGCGCCAGUAGUGCUUAUUUUCAUGCUACUCUUUCUCUAGUCGGUCAACUUCUCGAUGAACUCACUAUAUUGUGGGUUUACAUGGCUGGAUUUUGCAUGUUUUUCCCUCGGAGGUAUUUUCCCACAGCAGCUAAAAAUAAUCGCAAGAGGUUUUCACUCUUUGCAACUCUACCAACACUAGUGGCCACUGUAUUGGCAACUUUUCAUCCUGCCAUAAAUGCAUUUGCACUUAUGACUCUUGGAAUACCAGCCUUUGCAUUUAUGAUCCUUGAACUGAAGAGAACAAAAUCAGCAAGAGUUUACAGAUUGGGACUAAGAUGUGGAGCUGCAUGGUUAUUAGCAGUCACAUGCUGGUUAAAUGAUAGAUUGUUUUGUGAUACUUGGCUCAAUUUGAAUUUCCCUUAUCUUCAUGCUCUAUGGCAUCUUUUCAUUUUUAUUGCAAGCUACACAGCUGCUGUAUUGUUCGCUUAUUUUUCUGUUAAGGAAGAGCGACCUCAACAAUCGCCAAUGCUAAAGUAUUGGCCAAGAGAUGACUUUGAGCUUGGCAUUCCAUAUGUCACAAUCAAGAGUUACAUCAAAGUCGAUACUAAUACAAACAUAUAAGAGACUUUGUACUCAAAUAUGAAUCAUUCAAUACCAUGUAAAGGCUGAAGAUUAAUAUUCUAAAGAGUAUUAUUACCAGAGAAUUGUGCAACUGAGACUGAGUUGAGUAUUUGAUAUAUUUAUUACAAUAAAAGAGUACAGGUUACAUAGAAUUCAACAUAUUGAUCAGAGAAAUCAUAUGAGAAAAGAAUUUGUGACUACAUCAAAGAGAUAUCCCUAGAUACCAAGUGUAUUAAUUUAAUUGAUACUGCUUAUGAAUUAUAUCGCAAUAGAUAUUUAAUAAUUUAUUCAAUAUGAAGAAAAUCUAUACUCAAAGUAUAUGUGAUACUUGUGCAUACAUAAUACUAGCAGUUUUGUAAAAAUGUGCAAAUUUUAAAGAUAUAGCCAAUACUUGAUGCUAAAUGCAUACACUGAGAAACAUAGGCCCGCUAAUAUCAAUAGUAAACCGUAAUUAUAAAUAUUUAAAUAUUCGAUGUGAACAUUAUUAGAGCAUCGUAAACAUUCAUUUUUAACCAUUAUUUACUCAAGAUAUGAAUUAUUGUUUAUUCCAUACCAUCGGCAUUGUUAGCCCGAUAUUUAGAAAUCAAUUUUAAAAAUACUUGCUUAUUUUAUUAUCGAAAUUUGUACCAUGAUAGUUUUUACAUUGUACACUCUAUUUUAGAACAUUAUUUAAUAAAUAAAAGCAUUCAUUAAAUGAUAAAA